AUGCGGCUUUUUGCCAAGUUGGAAAAGUGUAAUUUUAUGGUGGAUAGUAUUGUUUUUCUUGGUUAUGUGAUUUCGAAUGUAGGGAUUUCAAUAGACCCUAGUAAAGUGGAGGCCAUUCAAUCUUGGCCUACUCCUACUACUCUCACUCAAGUUAGGAGUUUCCAUGGUCUAGCUUCCUUCUAUCAAAGGUUUGUGAAGAAUUUUAGCAUUAUUUUGGCCCCGGUGACCAAAUGCAUGAAGAAGGGUACUUUUGUGUGGAUACUAUUGGUUCGAAGGGCUUUUGAGACCCUCAAGAAGAAGUUGUGUGAGGCUCUAAUUAUAGCUCUUCUGAAUUUUGAUCAACCCUUUGAAGUUGAAUGUGAUGCUAGUGGGGUUGGAGUCGGAGUGGUUCGUGUGCAAGGAGGGAGACCGGUUGCUUAUAUUAGUGAGAAGCUUGGUGGAGCAAGAAUGAGAGAUAUAGUAACUAUGAAAAGGAGUUCUAUGCUAUUGCAUGCCAAAUGGGUUAAAUUCCUCCAAUCAUUCACUUUCUCUUCUAAGUACAAGGAAGGUAAGAGCAAUGUUGUCGCCAAUGCUCUUUCUAGGAGGCAUUGUAUGAUCACUAUUCUUGAUGCAAAGUUUUUAGGAUUUGAGUUGCUUAAAGAGUUGCAUAGCGAUGAUGAGGAUUUUGGUGGGUUGACGAAGAAGCGUAAGGAAGGGGUAGAUGGCUCAUUCAUGAUUUUUAGUGAUGUGCAAGAUGUGAUAGCUCGUUGUGGGGCUUUUCACAAGGCUAAGAGUCAAUUCCGUGAAGGACUGUACUCUCCUCUUCCGAUCCCUAGUCACUCUUGGGAUGAUCUUAGUAUGGAUUUUGUGGUUGCUAUCCCUCGCACUCAAAGGCAAAAUGAUUCUGUGUUUGUUGUGGUUGAUCGUUUUAGCAAGAAGGCUCACUUCAUUCCUUGUUACAAGACCAAUGACGCUUCUCAUGUGGCUACCUUGUUCUUUAGAGAAGUGGUGAAGCUUCAUGGCAUUCCAAAAAGUAUUGUAUCGGACCAAGAUCCUAAGUUCUUGAGCUACUUUUGGAAGACUUUGUGGAACAAACACAUGAAAGAUUGGGAUCUUAAGCUAUCUCAAGUUGAAUUUGCUUACAACCGCUCUCAUUGCAUAGUUACCGGGAAAACACCAUUUGAAGUAGUGUAUGGUUAUAAUCCCCGCCUACCACGUGACUUGUUGCCUAGUAUCCCUCAAGAGGAGUUGAGCUUUGAGGAAAAAGAUAGAGUUGAAACGAUGAAAAAGCUUCAUGAAGAUGUUAAAAAGAGAAUUGAGAAGGCAAAUGAGAGUUACAAGAAGCCAAGGGCAUUCAAUGUAGGUGAUCUUGUGUGGCUCCAUCUUCGGAAGGAAAGAUUCCCGGCUAAUAGAAAGAACAAGCUCAUGCCAAGAUUCGAAGGCCCCUUAGAAGUUGUGGAGAGAGUUGGACCUAAUGCUUACAAACUCAAACUACUGAGAGACUUUAAAAUUCAUGUUGGUGAUCUUGCUCCUUUUCUUUUUGAAGAUGAUAUUGGUGACGAUGAUCCGGAAAUGAGGGAAAUUCCUUUUGAAGGGGAGGGGUUUGAAGCGGGUGCAUGGAACUUAGUGGAAGACGUGCCACGUGUCGUGACACGAAGUCAGGCCAAGCUUCUUGGAGGUCACCAUUCGGGACUAACCAUCAUCACACUUGAAGACAAGAAGAAUUGA